AUGAAAUUAUCACUAAGUGAACAAGGAUGGAAUCGAUUAUUUCUUAUUUUAAAUGGUGUUUUCUUGGUAUAUAGUAUCAUUUUAUUUGCAUUAGGUAUUAAAGCACAAGAUGAUUUGGGACAAUUCAAGACAAUAUUACAAGGAAUUAAUCCACCUAUAUUACCAACAAUUAUAUUUACAGGAUUUAUUGGUAUAAUUGGUUCAAUUACUGGUUAUUGUAAAAUAAUGAAACCAAAUCAAAUUGUUAUUAUAUUGCAUAUCACUUUUAUGACUAUAGCAACAAUUACUGAAUUAUGUAUAUCAUUAGGUACAGUAAUGACACCAAAUGAAUUCAUUACAAAUGCUAAUUAUACAUUAAAGGAUUCGCUGAAUUAUUAUGAUAUACAUCCAUUAUAUCAUGAACAAUUUGAACAAUUACAAACUAAUUAUAAAUGUUGUGGAAGUUCAAUGUUUACAGAUUAUCGAAGAACUAAUAAUACUUUACCAGCAAGUUGUAAAAAUAAUGAAACUAUUUAUACAGUGGGAUGUGCUGAAGUAUUAAAUAAUUACACUUAUAAAUAUAUCGAUCCAAUAUUGGCUUUAUGUUUUAUAUUUACAAUAAUUAAAAUUAUUUAUAUAAUAAUUUCAAUUUGGAUGAUACGUAGAUCAUCUCAUGGAAAAGAUCCACACAUUCUUGAAUGUUGUUGA